AUGAGAAUCUUAGCUGUCCUUGCAAGCUGGACUUGUGCCACCCUGACUCUAGCUUCCUGCUUAGCUGCCUUUUCCCAGGGUUCCAGCACCCAGGCCUGUGAAGACAUGUGGCCCAGGCACACACAUACCUAGCCCAAGCACCCUGGUACCCACCACAUCACCAUCCAUACCAGCAGGUCUUCCUACAUGCCAGGAGCCAAGAUUCCAGUGUCUGCCCAAAGCAGUUGCGACUCCACCAGCUUUCUGCUGCAAGCACACACAGCGGCUGGUCACCAGAUAGUGGGCACCUUUGUCUUUAAUCCUCGCCAUUCUAAACUGAUGACUUGUUUUGAAGAGACUGAUACUGUCACUCACUCUGACAACACCCCGAAGAGGACACUGUUGUUCAUGUGGAGCCCUGCCCAGCCUGUGGGGGACAUUAGAUUCCUCAUUAGAGUGACAAAGUUAUUGUGGGAUACAGAGAGUCUGUCUCAGUCAUCUUCACACACAUCUACUGUAAGCAGCAAUGGCCAGCAACUCAGUGGAGAGAUCAACCCAAUCCUACAACUAUCUCUGGAUGUCUAUAAGUUAGAGAUGCUUGUGACUCUCAGAAAGGGGUCCCUAGACAGUGUUGUUUCCAUCCUGAGCACCCAUCAGACUCAGAAUGAUCUGAGCUUUGAUUCUUUGGAAACCUGCCUGUCCUUGGAUAAGGGUGAGCAGGACAAGAUGACAGCCUCUAAUAGGCCUGUGAUGGGCCCUGGUCCGCACAUUGCUCACAUUCCCAAGCCUCAGCAGUCAGACCUCUCCACCUCAAGGGCUUCUGAUAGCUCUUUCUAUGAGACAAAGCACAGGGCAGAGUGUAGAGAAGGCACUGCAGAGGAUGGUAUGGGAUACCUUAGCAAGACUGACCUAAGGCCUGAGGUGAUGCUAGAGGGAGCCGGUGCCCCUUUGGUGAUGCAGCUCAGGACUCCACAGCUGGGAAUCCUGAUUUGCUUGUCAAUCACCCUGGGUGUGGCUCUGGCUGCUGGACUUUGCUUUCUGUAUCCUCAGUGUUGCCACAAGUGGACAGAAGGGUCCUCCAGUGAACCUACAGCUGAUACUGUUGACGACGGGGAGGUGGUGCAUGUCAGGAGGACAGGUGAUAACAGUCUCUCUGUAGAGAACAAGAACCUUGUCCUCUGA